AUGGCCUUUCCACCUUACACAAAGACAUUCCACAGAGGCUCCUAUGCCGGGAUUGACCCUUCUCGUCCUGAGCUCUCCACAUCAGGAAAGGUUGUUCUUAUCACAGGCGGUGGUUCUGGUAUUGGAUGUCGCAUAGCCCAUGCAUUCGCAACUUCUGGAUGCAAGAAGAUCGCUAUCCUUGGACGAACUGUUGGCAGCCUCGAGAAGACCAAGAAGGAGAUAGAGGGAGACCAUGCUGGCGUGACAGUUCACACAGAGAUUGCUGAUAUCGCUGAUACCGAAGCGGUCAGCAAAGCAUUUGAGGGCGCUUCUAAAGCCUUGGGCAAGAUCGAUAUAGUUAUUGGUAACGCAGGUUACUUACCGGAUACGAAACCCAUCGCGCAAGCAGAUACCGAGGAAUGGUUCAGGGGGAUGACAAUCAAUGUCAAAGGCACCCUGAAUCUUACCAAAUCUUUCCUCCAGUGCGCCGCGGAGAAACCGACAUUCGUGCAUGUAUCAACCGGCGGAUGCCACAUUGAGCCCAUGCCUGCAAACAGCGGGUACGCAGUAAGCAAAAUGGCAGCCGCUAGGUUGAUGGAGUAUUUCGCCUUCGAGAACCCGGAUGUCCGGGUCCACAACAUUCACCCUGGUGUUGUGCAGACAGAGAUGUUUCAGAAAAGCUCCGAGCUUGGUAUGGAGUUCGAAUUUGAUGACAUCGAACUACCAGCGUCCUUUGCAGUUUGGAUCGUCAGCCCCGAGGCAGAAUUCUUGAAGGGAAAGUUUGUCUGGUCGAACUGGGAUGUUGAGGAGUUGAAGGCUAAGAAAGAGCAGCUUAAAUCCUCGCAAGGUCUUACACUUGGUCUUCUAGGGUGGCCUUAG